AUGGGCCGUUACUCGGUUGCUGAAACUCUACAACUGCAGCGAACAGGCGAUAUGGCUAAACACUAACGGUCGCCUCGUUAAAGCCUUUGGCAGAUUUCUCGUCGGUUUAACAUUAUCGUUUUACUACAAUUAAACCCUGGACCCUGUGGUCUGAUAGAAGCACCGACCAGAUAAAGGGGGACUCUGUUGGGGGCGUUUCGCUGCCCGUUUGGAUCGGGAUGAUCUCCAACUGCGGGGGGUGAUCUCUGUGUUUAAACUCUGGGGUGGCAUCAGUAGGAUGAGCUGCCCCUAAACCCAUGAAGUCUGACGCACACUGCUACAAAUACAGCAGUCGAUGCAGUCUUUCAGAGGCUCCCCCUGGCUGAAAAACCAGCAGCAACAGCAGCAUGUCCCGCGUCUCCUCCACCCCCAAACGCUAUGCUGGCUCCUCCUACACCAGCCACUAUAGCUCCUACAGCCCCUCCCUGACCCCGGGCCUCAGCACCUAUAGCGAGCGGGACCGGCUGUCCACCUACAGGUCCCCCAACUCCACUUCCUCCUCAGGAUACUCGUCCAGCUACCUGAGCAGCUCCGCCGCCCGCGGCCGCAACUACAGCGCCUCCUCGGACCCCGAUCGAGACCGGGGUCGAACUAUCCCUCGCACCGACAUCCUCGGGAGUAGCAGCAGCAGCAUCAACAGCCGACGGAGCGAGAGCCUCAGCAGAACCCCCGUCAAGAGCUACGGAGCGUCAGGUCUGAGUGGGGGGUCCGCCUACUCAGGCUACAGCUCCUACCAGUCCAGCUACCUCGCUUCUUCACCGGCGGCCUCCAGCAUCUCACUCAACAGAAGAAAGUCUGUUUCCCAGAGUGACCUGAGCAGGGACUUGUCCUCCCUGAGCCUCAGCGAUGCGUCCUCCACCUCCACCAGUGCCCUACGGAGCUACCACAGUCGAACUAAAAACGUGCCCGAGUCGUAUGACAUAGGCUCCAGACCGGGCAGCUCGAGCCUGUUGCGGAGCUCCACUCAGGAGGCCUUCAGUAGCAGCAGCAGCAGCAGAGCAUAUAGCUCCUCGGCAUGGGAACCAAGCAGCAACGGGAUGUCUGACACCCCGAGCAGGAACUCCACAGUGACCCUCACCAGCUUAUUCAAGGCAGUGUGCAUCUCUCCAUGGUGGUGGAUUUGCUGCUGCAGGACAUAUGAGCACCAGACAGCUGUACCACAUAUUGUUUCUCAGCCAAGACCAGUCCAAAAUAACUCAAAGAGUGCCCAAGGCCUGGUUGGAUUGAAGAACUUAGGAAAUACUUGUUUCAUGAACAGUAUCCUGCAGUGUCUGAGCAACACACAGAACCUGCGUGACUACUGCCUGCACAACUCGCACCGCAGAGACCUUAACAACAACAGCCGCACCAACACAGCCCUCAUGGAAGAAUUUGCUAAGCUGAUCCAGAUCAUGUGGACGUCGACCAGCAGCGAGGCGGUCAGCCCUUCUGAAUUCAAAACACAGAUCCAGAGAUACGCUCCCAGAUUUGUAGGAUACAACCAACAGGAUGCUCAGGAGUUCCUGCGCUUCCUGCUGGACGGCCUGCAUAACGAAGUCAACAGGGUCACUGUGAGGCCGAGGGGCACCGUGGAGGACUUUGACCACCUGCCAGAUGAAGAAAAGGGGAAGAAGAUGUGGAGUAAAUAUUUGGAAAGAGAGGAUAGUAAAAUAGUUGAUGUGUUUGUGGGGCAGCUGAAGAGCUCCCUGACCUGCAGCCACUGUGGUUUCUGCUCCACUGUGUUCGAUCCCUUCUGGGAUCUUUCUCUGCCUAUCGCAAAGAAGGGCUACGGCGAGGUGAGUCUGAUGGACUGCAUGCGGCUCUUCACCAAAGAGGACGUCCUCGAUGGGGAUGAGAAGCCGACAUGCUACAGAUGUAAAGCCAGGAGGAGGUGCACAAAGAAGUUCACAAUACAGAAGUUCCCCAAGAUUCUAGUGCUGCACCUGAAACGCUUCUCUGAGGCACGACGAACCAGCAAACUGUCCACCUUUGUUAACUUCCCCAUGAAGGACCUCGACCUUCGAGAGUUUGCCUCUGAAAACAGCACAAAUGCAGUAUAUAACCUGUAUGCAGUGUCCAACCACUCAGGCACAACCAUGGGAGGUCACUACACAGCCUAUUGUCGCAAUCCCAGCUCGGGAGAAUGGUACACCUUUAACGACUCCAGAGUAACGCCAAUGUCGUCCAGCCAAGUGCGCAGCAGCGACGCCUACGUCUUGUUCUACGAGCUGGCUUCGUCCUCGCGGAUGUGAGGACUCCCGAAGGACGCGGCUCGGCUUUGGCUGUCGCACAGACGGACGGACAUUUAUAUUUGGACAUUAGUUCC